AUUAAAAUGAGCAAAGCCGAAGACGACUAUGAUUAUUUAUUUAAAGUAGUGCUUUCAGGUAGAAAGACUUCAUUAAUUUGACAAUAGGGGACUCUGGAGUUGGGAAAUCCAACCUGCUGCUUCGAUUUACAAAAAACAAAUUUAAUCCAGAUUCCAAAACUACUAUCGGCGUUGAAUUUGCAACUCGAUCGAUUUCAAUCUCUGGGAAGAUCAUCAAGGCCCAGAUUUGGGAUACAGCAGGACAGGUAAAGUGCCUUAAAGAGAAUUUAGGAACGCUACCGAGCCAUUACUUCUGCGUAUUACAGAGGAGCAAUCGGGGCUGUACUAGUAUAUGAUAUAACAAACAAACAAAGUUUCGAAUCUGUGGAACGUUGGAUAAAGGAAGUGAGGGAGAAUGCAGACAAAGAUAUUGUGAUAAUGAUCAUUGGAAACAAAUCCGAUUUAAAACAUCUGAGAGCAAUAAGAACAGAGUCUGGCUAAGAUUUGGCUCAAAUGUACAAGGUCGCAUUUAUGGAAGCAAGUGCUCAAGAUGGUACCAAUGUAGACUAAGCAUUUACACAAAUCAUACAAUGUUUUAAAUUCUAUAUAAAUUAGAAAUUUAUCAGAAUCUAACAAAACAGUUGUAAAAGUAUGAUUAGAUGUCACAUUUACAAGGCGAGAAACUAGAUUUAGAAAUAACAAGUUCUGGUAAUAAAAAGUAAGGAUGUUGUUGA